AUGUUGAUGACCUCCCUUACGACAUUGGAUUGCUUGUUCUAUACUAUUACUCUAAGAAGGUCCGGUAUUCCUUUAUCUCCGUCCACCAUCGCCUCUGCUUUGCGCCUCCCUGAUUUUAAGUGUGAUCAAGCCAAGGUUUUAUUCGUAAGGAAAUCCCCAAGUGAAGGCAUGUCGCAGUUGGUGUCACUAAAUGAGAUAGCACCACGACGAACAAAAUCAGAAUUUUACAACUACUAUGGUCUACCAUGGUAUGUUGUGCGCACUAACAUUAUUGCAUCUUCUCCAAUACAAUCAUCACAAUCUUCGCGAGACUCUAAGCUCAUCCUCGACUUUAUAGAUCACAUAUUCCAUGAUCAGAAAUUAUUUUCAAUAGGAUCAUCAACAACUCCUGUGGACUUGUUGUGUACGUCUAGCUGA